AUGGCCGGUGUUUUAGGAAUGGCUUUUGUCCCUUACUACAAUCAUCUAAUAGAAUUAUUGGAAACAAAUGCCGAGUUGAAGAAAACAGCAAGGGGAAUUGCAACGCAGUUGUGUUGGGCUGGUGGUGGAACUGUUGUUGGGGGAAUUGUGGCUGGACCGCCUGGAGCUAUGGUAGGAGGAAUUGUAGGAUCUGUAGUAGGCUAUUGUAGAGUUGACCCUUAUCAAUCAUUAGUAAGGACACUGAAGAAUCUUUCUAAAAGAGAGAGAGCUGAGUUGGUAGCUAAGGUACAAGAGUUGGUAGGAAGUACCAGUAUUGAAGCAUUGACCAGAUUUAUAGCAUCACAAGCUCAACGAGAAGUACUUUUGAAUCUCUUAAGAAAACUAGCUGAAGAUUUUAAAGGUGGAUGA